AUCCCGGUGCAGGGUGGGGCAGGGCUGUCCCAUUCUCCCGCAAGCCUCCUGGGCACAGGAGAAAACUGAGAAAACUGGGCACAGGCAGGCGCUGGCUGGGGAGGGCACCAGCCGAGCUCCUAGCCCCUUCCUUACGCCUCUGCCCUAGGCCAUGGCUCCAGGCCCUGGCCUCCCUGCCUCUCUGGCUCUGUGCAGACCCCGAGCCCCGGCGGCGCCCGACGACAAGGCUCCACACUGCGCCGUGCCGGGCACCGUGCUCCUGCUGCUCGCCUACCUGGCUUACCUGGCGCUGGGCACCGGCGUGUUCUGGGUGCUGGAGAGCCCCGCGGCGCGUGACUCCAGCGCGAGGUUCCAGCGCGAGAAAUGGGCGCUGCUGCAGAACUUCACGUGUCUGGAUGGCCCGGCGCUGGACUCCCUGAUCCGGGGCAUCGUCCAAGCGUACCAAAGUGGGGACAUCGUCCUUGGCAACACCACCAGCAUGGGGCGCUGGGAGCUCGUGGGCUCCUUCUUCUUUUCUGUGUCCACGGUCACCACGAUUGGCUACGGCAACCUGAGCCCCCAUACGAUGGCCGCCCGCCUCUUCUGCAUCUUCUUUGCUCUUGUGGGGAUCCCGCUCAACCUCGUGGUGCUCAACCGACUGGGGCAUCUCAUGCAGCAGGGAGUGCAUCACUGUGCCCGCAGCCUGGGGGGCGCCUGGCAGGACCCUGCCAAGGCUCGGUGGCUGGCAGGCUCCGGUGCCCUCCUCUCGGGCCUCCUGCUCUUCCUGCUGCUGCCCCCACUACUCUUCUGCCACAUGGAGGGCUGGAGCUAUGUAGAGAGCUUCUACUUCGCCUUCAUCACCCUCAGCACCGUGGGCUUCGGCGACUACGUGAUCGGGAUGGACCCCUCCCGGAGGUACCCGCUGUGGUACAAGAAUACAGUGUCCCUAUGGAUCCUCUUUGGGAUGGCGUGGCUGGCCUUGAUCAUCAAACUCAUCCUCUCCCUGCUGGAGACCCCGGGGAGAUCAUAUUCCUGCUACCACCACAGCUCCAAAGAGAACUUCAAGCCCCAAAGCUGGAGGCAGAGCCCCGAUGGGGAGGCAGAACCCCGUUUGCCACAGUCAGGCUGCUGUCCAGAGGGGCCUGUGAGAAUCAUGCAGCAUCCAGAACCCUCUACUCAGGUCUCAUGUUGUGGAAAGGGCAACUAGUUAUACUCCCGUAUGCGUUCCAUCUUCCUCAGUAACAAGAGCCCUGGCUUUAAGCUUGGCACAUAACCACCCAGACUAAAGACUACUUUUUUUUUAUCUUCCCUUGAGGCUAUUUGCAGCUAUAUGGUUAAAUUCAGCCCAAUUGAAUACACGGAGAAGAAUCCUGUGGGACUUAUGACUGACUUUUUGUGGCAGGUAGUGUGCUCCUCUUCACUACUUCCUUUUUCUAGCUGGCUGCAAUACUGAUAUAGUGGCUGGAGCUCUGGCAACCAUACUGCACCAUGAGGUAGAGGCCAUGUUUGAGAUCGGUGACACAGUAAGACAGGAAGAGCCUGGGUUCCUGAUGGUUGAAGAGCUUCCAUAACAAUCUGGACCGAAUACCUUCAGACUUCAUUUGUGUGAGUGAAAAAUAAAUGUCGAUCUCGUUUACUACA